AUGAAUGGUUAUCCAGCUGAUGAAUUAGCUGAUAAUUACUUAACAGCAGACAAGUGUCUAGCAGUAAAACCACUAUCCAGUAGAUCCAAUUAAAAUUCCAAGAAUAGUGUAUGAUCCAAAAGAAAUAGUGUCACACUUGGAAUUAAUAGCUCCUGCCAACAACAGAGAGGAAAGGAAAAUUACACGAUAGGAGUGUGCAAUCACAGGUGAUCUGAGUUAAGGCUACGAUGCACAAAGCAACAUCCUUUGAGGCGUGGCAACAAUUUUAGUCUUUGUGACAUGAUUUUUAGGUUCCUCAAAUUCAUGUUAGUUUGAAUUUGUAAAAUAAUGAAUCAAAUUUUUUACGAUUUAUCCACCACUUGAUAUGCCAUUUUUACUUUUUUCUGUGCAAGUUUUCCGAUUUCCCUAUGUUACCUUAGAAUUUGUCAAUUCAGAACAGUUUGACGACACUGAAGGCUAUUGGAGUUACUCGCCAAGAGAUCUGAGUACUAGUAAUGCCAACGAAAACAACAUGGCGGCUGGCGGGAAUGUUGAAGUUGUUUGGAAAACUCUAAUGAACUACUUGAUUCCCGAGUCUACUCAAGCACCAGGUAUCAAUGAAAUAAUGGUGGAAUCUGUGUAUUUUCAUUUAACCAACUAAUCGGUAUUGUUUCUAUGACAAACUCUAGAUUCUUUGGAGCAGUUUACUCAAAACCCUGACGUGUUUGUUCGAAUGCGAGACUGGUUUUUGGGUAGGUGACAAAAUAUAUAAUUCAGUAGUUCUGCGAGGUUGACAGAUGAAGCCUUCUAUGUGACGUUUAUUUGGCCUUCUGUUAACUUGAAUGAAUCCGCAUCUCGCCUUUUCAGAAAAGUUCAAGAAAGAUUUGAAAGAUAAAUUUCGACCACAAUUUUGGUCCUAUGUCCAAGAAGACAAAGAGGUAAUCACGUUGAAGAAUUUAUCAUCACCUCCUGUGAGUAAGGAAAAUCUAACUGUACUUUCCCCAAAUUCAACUUCUUAUCCCGAUAACAGCAUAGGAUUUGGUAAAAUUCCCGCACAGCCCCAUACUACAUUAUGCAUUCAGUUCUUGGAUAGAGAAAACAAUAACAAAAACAAUACAUUGCCAUUGGAAAAACAGAUUUGUUUUACAAUAGUAUGGGGCUGUGCGGAAAUUUUUACCAAGGAUUUUUAAAGAUAUAGGCAUUUUGUAUGCAGUCAUGCACACCCAUCAAAACCUAUUAAAAAAAAUUCUAGAGCGUGAUUGGUCAUCACCUUCCUGGUUUGAGGACUAAUAGGAUGGUGUGCAUGAAGGUCCAACUUUGUUAAUAACCAGUCCAAUUACAAACCAAACUGAAUUUCUCUCAGUCCUUUACUUAUCAGCCAGAUAUUGGUAUAUCGAUACAACACCAGAUUCUCCUUGCCAAUUUACAACAAAAUGCACAGCAGUUAUAUUGUUGGAGUAGGGAAUUGACCUUUUUGCACAAUUUUGGUGAUUUUGUUCUUAAGGAAUGAGACACGGGUGUAAUGAGUGCAAAUGGUAGUUUUAAGUAGGAGAGAUUGAACCAAGGGUAAAUAUGCAGCCAAGAAGUAUAGCCCUGGUAUUGAGACCUACAGUUAUGGAUGCCAUAAGGAUAAGAGAAAGGGUCAUCUUGUGGGAAGUGAUUAAAAAAAUAUGUUGUGGUUAUCUUGCUACUCACAGGUUGAAGCAAAAGGAUUUAACACCCUUCUAUGUGCAGUGGGAGAUCUCUAUAGAGGGUUAUCAGCAUACAGGCCAUUUGUAGAUCUUCUUCAAUCUUUGACAGGAUCACUUCCAUUAGGGUAUGUUAUCAGGAUACCUAUAUAGAGUUCAGGAGGUUUUUCAGCUUAGUGGUCAAUGAUUAACCCUUUAUACCCAAAAACAGUGUGCAUAUUCUCUAUACUGUCAUUCAUAUGUUUCCUAAGGUGCUGUUAAUGAGAAUAUAUUUAAUAGUCAAGAACUUCUUCACAUCCCUGUGAUGUGAAUAAUUGAUUUUAGAGGCUAGUCACUCUUAUGGGUGACACAUAGUAAAUAAACAUUUAUUAAUAGUGAACUGGCAUUAAUAUGUUGGACUUUGCAUGGAAUUAUUACUCUGUACUGUUAAACACAUUCAUCCAAUGUUUGUUAUAACUGAAACAGUUUAAAACAAGAGUACAAGAUUAUUCAGUAGAAAUCACAACUGCAGUAAGUUCAAUUGUUUUACUAUUUUUCAGUGAUCUUAAUCUGCAGUUUGAAAGACUUGUGAGGGCUGUUAUCUUUUGUGAUAUACCUGAGCAUUUCAGAGGUAUCGUACAUGCAUCCUACACUCAAGCAUUUCAAGCAUACCAAAUCAAAAGUAGAAAGGAAAACAAAAUGGACACAUCAGGUAUUGCCUAAACUACACAUCAAGCCUUCAAUUGUUGUCUUGCAAUUGAAGAUUAAGACAGAAACUUUUUAAAUGUCCAAACCAUCAAGGGUAAUUAAGUCUGUAUAUGGUUUUUACUGAGUAGACCAAUUUCAUCCAUAGUGUUGUAUUAUUUUCAAAAUGAAAGUCCAUUUCACUAUGGAUUUAUUCAUCAGAAAUUUAAGUUCCAAGCAUGAGUUAACCCUUGAACUCCCAGAAGACAGCAAACAGGUGAUGAGAAUAUCCAAAUUUAUUAGGUAGAGGUUGUUAUCUUGAUCCAACACUAAUUUCUUGUAACUAGUUUACAAGGAAAUGUCUACUAGCUAGAGGGGAGAAUUAGCAAUUCAAUCUUGGGUGUUAAAGGGUUAGGAUUAUGCUUUACUCAAAUGGUUUUGUUGAUGAUACAACAAUAAUAUUUGCACACAUUAGACAGUCUGACAUGAAUAUCUACCUUUAUGUAAUUGAAUAGUGGAUGGUUUAUUGAUGAAUAUAUAGUAAACCCAAGGGCUGAAUUGCAUAUUUACAGUUAUUUAAUACUAUUAAAUAAAUUAAGUUAUAAUUUUAAAAAUACAGUUCAAAAUGACUAAAAUGAAACACGCAUGAUUCCCUGUAACUCUGAGUUUCGUGCUUAUGCACUCUGUCUGACGAGUGCAUAAGCACAAAACUCAGAGUUACAGGGAAUCAUGUGUGUUUCAUUUUAAUAGUCAUUUUGAACUGUAUUUCACUCUACACUCAUGUGUAUUGAGCACUUUCCAACAGCAUUUGCUACAAUUUCAAAUAAUUAAUUCUAAAAAUAUGGAUAUAUGGAUUGGAUGCUCUUGUUCAAUUCAAAGGGAAUCUCCAGACUCUUAAAGCAAAUAUUUCUCAAAAGGCUCUAAAUUUAAAUGAACCACAUUAUGUUUUCUGUAAAAUUAUGGUGAUUAUAGAAUGAUGUGGUUCAUUUAAAGUCUUAAAUGUUAUUAAGGACUGUGCAGCUAAAUUUUAGGGGUAACUUGUAACUGACAGGUGCUUCAUCACCAGGUGCUGAAGGUGAUGAUGAAGAUGAUGAUGUGGAAUCACUGACUUGCUCUGGUUGUUUUGAAGAGAAGGACUGUUGUCAUUGUGAAGACAUAAUUGAAGGAUUUUCACAGCUUAACAGCCAGUUCAGUUCACUUGGACUAAUAAAUAAAGUUGCUGAACCAGCUUUCCUGUCAGUCAUUCAUAAGGAGGUAUAAUUGUUGUUUAGAAGAAGUGUACAAUUUUGUUUGGACGCACUUGCCAUAUUUUGAAAUUCAUGAAAAUAAAUACAAAAAUAAUAGUUUUUGAGAAAAUUCAGUACAUCGUUUAUGAGGAUGGUGACAAAUCUGAUCCAACCAAUAUGCAUGUCAAUACAUUACCAACACACAACUGGUUCUUGGUCAAAGCAUCAGCUGACAAACUGACAACUUGCAACCAGACAUGUUGGUUACCUCCAACCCCUACAUCCAUCUUCUCAACAAUAGUCUUGUAAAAACCAAGUAAGUGAACUUGGCUUAAGAAUACUCAAGUCUGACAAGCAAUGUACUAGCAACAUGCCAUUGAGGCAUUGGCCAACAGUCAGCUGAUGUGUUGCAAGACAUGUAAGAAUUUUUUAGGAUACCUAUAUUAUUUUUAAAAGUCAGUUGUGAAGGGAAAUAUGAAAAUAUAUUUUUUGGUAGAGGUACCAUUUAUUGUAUACAUAACAUGUUGGGUUCUUUUAGUAAGCUACUGCUACCCAGAUAUAAUCACUGAGUAUAAUUCUUUGAAAAACUAGAAAAACAGGUUGAAAAAAAAUUUGCUCACUCAAUACAUAUUUUCCUUUUAACUUUUAAUCCCAGGUGAAUAAUUUUUUUUACCUGUUUGGUUGACUCUCAGGGUUGGGAGACAAGGGUCAUUGAGUAACAAUCCAAGUUAUUAGAAUGUUAGUUCUGACAACUUUGUGUUAAAUCAGAUGUCAUUAUUUCUUGUUUGCUUGCCUGUGUAUUGAUAUUGUAAGAUGGAAUUACUUAAUUGUCACUCCUAGAAGUGAAAGAGUUGAUCAAAAUAAUCUAACUAAUUUUGUCACUAACCAGUAAAAUUCAUGUUCACUUGCCUUUUUAUUAAAUUCCAGAGAUGUUCUUUUCUUUCUCUCAGAUUCAAAGAAAAAUUGAUGAAAAGUGUAAAGGCGAAUUUGAAACAUCCUUUUUGUCUUCCUUGUUAAACUGGGUUGAUACUGAACUGUGUGGCUGGCUCUUGAUAAUUUUUCAAUCUCAAGGUAAGUGUGUCUAGAAACUUUUAAUCACCAACUCACAUUUGAUCAGCACUCCAAGCUGCAACCAAUUUUCAAUUUUAUUUUUCCUGUGGUGGUGGGUAGUGGGUGUGUGUAGAAAUAACAUGUGAGGACAAUGAAGAAAAGUCCAAAAUUAUUCUUUAUAAAUUAGAAAUGCCUAAUGUUACCAGUUAGUACAAAUAUCAGUGGUGUCCUUUCCAACAGAUCAAGAUAAUCAAAGGCAAACCAGAUAUGAAACAGUGUUGGACAAUCUAUUAUUUAUAAUACAGAAAAACUACUGCUACAUUGCUUCUUUCUUACAAUGUCACUUUGGUGUGCCAUUUGUUGAAUGUCAUGUUAUGUUGUUCUAGAGUUUAUUCAACGCAACACUGCUUUCACUGUACCUAUAUUUGGGAAAAGUUAUUAUUAGCUCUUCUUAAUUAACCAGCUUUAUUAACAACUAAAAAAAAUGGCUUCUUCCAUUUAACCAAAUGUUGAAAGCCAUAGUUGAUGUGAGUGUUUUAAGAAUGAAUCAACGACAGGUACUCUGUAGACUAUUUAAAGCUGAAAUGGAUCUGAAAAAUCUCCAGCAAAUGCUGACCCUAAGAAAAAUACUGAAGAGUUGUACAAGGAUGCAAUAAAAGGUGUGGACACAUCACUGGAUGCAUGGAAACCCAAACUGAAGUAUUUCAUGUACAAGUCAUUUGCUGACCUCAGGUAAAUACAACUUGCCCUUCAAGGUACAAUUCUUACAAAUAUUUCUGAAUUAUAAAAUCAUGGAGCACUUUACACCCUGCGGUUAUAAGAAAAAAUACUGAUAUACAGUCAUUGAGCAGCGUUAUCUUAGUUUAUUAUAUGGUCAAAUAGAAACUUUAAAACAAUUUGUAAGCCUUUCUUGAAACAAUUUUAAGUACUGGUUUUAAAAAGGAAGUGCACAAAGUAAAAGAAAUGUGUUGUUUUUUCUUGCUUUCUUCUCAGAAUCAGUGAAUUGUUCACCAUAAUAGUGGAAUAUCCAGACUCUCUCCCUGCAAUUAAAGACCUUAAGGUAAAUUUAGUCAAGAAUGUCAAAAAGGGAAAGGCACAAUGAGCCUGUCUGAGAGAAAGGAUUGUGUCGAAAGGAUAUUAUGUUGCCUGUGAGUGACCAGCCAUCAAGGAAAAUUAUGCAUUGAAGUGCAUCAUAGGAUGAAUGGAUGGGUGAAAAAGUUUUCCUGUUUCAUCAACUCACCCAUCAAUAUUUUAAGUUAUUAGAUAUUUAGUAUAUUGAACUAUCUAUUAUGGGUUAUCUUUAGAGAUACCUCAAUCAGUCACACUUCUUUCCAUUCUAUUCCAGUCAUGUUUAGAAGUUACUGACCAAAGAAAAGAGCUCAUAUCAUCUCUCAGAUCAGCGUAAGUAACCCAUUUCUGGUCUGCAGGACUGGAAUAACUUAGGUUCAUAUUAUACUACACUUUUUACCAUACAUGACUGUAAAUUUUAUUGUUUGUGAGCCUCAAAGUAUGAUUAAGUAAUCAGCAAACCUUCAUAAUCCAAUCAUUUUGGGAAGGCAGAUUAAGCCUCAAUUAUUGAUAGUCUGAACAGUAAUAUCAUUUCUUAAAAAAAGUGACCUAAAUUUCUCAUUAAGCUGCUCAUCCAAUGCUGAUUUUAAAUUACAAAUUAAAAGUGCUUAUUUUGGGUUCUGUAUAUAUAGACUGAGGUAUCCUGUAAAAGCAAGUUGAUUUUAUGGCAUAUGGUGUAUGGGUUUUGAGUCAUCACAAUUUGAGGUUCUCUCAAUCUAGUUCUAACAAUACUGCAGAUUUGAGAGACGUUUGCUUCAUCCUGGUGCCAACACAUCAGACAUUCUAACUCAGUGUGUGUCAGCCAUCAGAGCUCUCCAUGUGCUUGAUCCAUCUGGAGUGAUUCUAGAACAUGUCUGUUUACCUGUCAGGCAAUAUCUCAGGUACAAAGCUACAAAAACAUGUUACAAAAGAAAGUAGCAAAGUUGUUUCCAUUGGACAUGUUUGCAAUGGACAGAGUGUGUGAAUCCUGUUGAAGAAAGUACUGUCACCGUGAAAUCAGUUUUUUAAUCUCUGAUCAUGUCUGCACCAGUCCUAUCUGUCUUCUCUUGCACAUCAGUUAUAAUUUUCUGUUUUCAAAUUUAUUUAGUAUAUAAUUAAAAAGGCAACAAGAAACAUUCUGCAAUCUUAUACUUCCUGUUACUGAGAUCUCAGUAGAACAAUCAAAAAUUUUCCUUCAUGACUAGAUGAAAAUAUUUACAAAUGAAGUUGCUAUUGUAAACUUAAGAUAAAAUUCAGAAACAAGCUCAUCAUUUUUUAAUGUUACCAAAUAAUUUCCAAUAUGGUGAGAAGCACACAUAAACAACAUAAAAUUAUACACUUAAUGACUCAUAAUAAAAGCUGUUAAAAUCAACAGCCUCAUCAGCUGUAUUUAUAAUUGUCAGAACUCGUGAGGAUACUGUACGCUGUAUUGUGACAAGUUUGACAGACGACAGUAGCACAGAACUUGCAGAGGUGAGUCAGAUACAAUUUUAUUUAAUUUAAACAAGAUAUCCAGUAGAAGUCAUCAUAAAACCUUUGCUUUUGUGGUACAAGUUUGCUCUUGUUAUCUCAUAACAGACAAGAGAGUUCUUAUUAUAUAACAGUUAAAUGGUGCCCUCAGCAGGUAACUUGUUUCUUUUGUUAACUCAGGAAUUAAUGCGAGGAGAUCCACGCACCAUUGAUGAUUUAGGCGCUUCUGACAGUGAGGAUGAUGAUGACAAGUGGAUGCCAGCUCCAAGUGAUGCUGAUCCAGGUAGUUUACAAUUUAUCAAUGAGUUUUUAAUUUUGAAAUAAGCUAUACUUUCUGUUAACAAUUACACAAAACCAUUUUGUAAAUUAGGCAUGUAUAAUUAGCUAAAAUAUUACCAAUGAAAAUCCUCAAAAACUGCAAAUCUGAAAAACUUCCAUUAGCACAUGUUAUAGAGAUGUAUCUCACUUUGCCCAUCAAUGAAUUUAAAAUGUUCCUGAGUCAGGGCUAGUACAACACAAUCUUUAGAUUUACAUGAUAAAUUUUCCCUCCAUUUUCCUUUUCUCAGAUAAAAUAUUAAGUAGCAGAAAAGCACCAGACAUCAUCAGGUGAGUUGAAUUCAAGGUCUCUUUUUUUAUGGAUGUUACACUCAAACCAGGUCCAUUAUUUUUCUUAACACAUUGAUUUAUAAUUAUUGAACAGAUGUAUCUUUUAAUUUCAUUUAAUCUAGUUAUUUUGAUUUCCAUAAUUUUCUUUGAUAUAAACCAAAUGCAGUUCUUAUUAUCUCAUACAUACAGCUAUCACAUUAGCUGCUUUAAUCCAUUUGCAGGUAAUAAAGAUCUUUAGAAAUAAGAUUUUAAAUUCCCUUACAAAAUGUUUCUCGAGGAUUGCUGAAAAUAAUUAAUAUAAUAACAUAAUAAUAUAAAUAAUAGUUAUCUUAGAGGUGAAAUAUCUAAAGAGUAAAAAUGGACUCUUCUUUUACCUUCAGUUGUUCUAAUGUCUACCUUUACAGCAUGCUUGUCAACAUUUAUGGAAGUAAAGACCUGUUUGUGUCUGAGUAUCGCACACUCUUGGCUGAUCGCAUUCUAUCAACCUUUAACUAUGAUACUGAAAAAGAGGUUAGUAUAAGUUUGCUUAGUGUGCUUGACCCAUAAAGGGUCUCUAGGGCAUUUUUGGAGACCAGUAAUCUGCAAUUUUGCCAAAAUUGAUAUAUUAAGUUCCUAAUCAAAAUAAAUUGAUUUUCAAACAAGCAAAAAUAUCCAUGAUCAUCAUAGAAUAUGCAGUAUUUAUCAAAAAGUUCUUUGUAUUUUUUCUCUUUUAUUGGGUCUAAUUUAUAUAAGAUUUGUUUGAUUCUUAGCACACAAUAUAUGUUUUUUUUUUUUGUUUUUUUUUUUUUUUUUUUACAGCUUCGUUAUCUGGAGCUAUUGAAGCUCCGCUUUGGUGAAUCACACUUACACUUCUGUGAGAUUAUGUUGAAAGAUGUGGCAGACUCAAGAAGAAUUAAUUCUCAUAUUCAGGCAUCAGCCAAAAAUGCUGAUAAUAAAAAGGUAUUUGGGGCUGACCUGCUUAAUUUCUUUAACUCUCAAGAUCUGACUGUUAAUUCUCUCUUCCCCCCCAUAGCUGAUAAGAUUUCCUUAUAAAUUAGUUAGGAGAAUUUGGUGUUAGAUUGAGAUACCAACUUCUCCCUGGUAAGUUUUAGUAGUCUCAUUACCUGUUUGCACAUAAUAUUAUGGAUAAUAAUUAUUGAUAAUCACUUCUGGUGGUUAAGGGUUACAAAAAAUAAAUCCAUGUUGCUGGGUGUUUGUUCAGUAAUAGAUCACAGAUGAUGUCAAAAUGUGACAAGGGCAAAAUAGUGGCAUCAGAAGUUAGGCUGAGUGUGUCACUGAUGCUCAUACCUCAUUGUCUAGGUGAUAACUUAGAACUGUGGUGAAUUAACACACAGAUCUACAGGCACUAUAAGUAAGAACCAAUCAACAUGGAUAGAUAAUUCAGGUUGUUAAACAAAAAGAUCUGUAUCCCUUGCUGGGAUCUCUUUUUUUGGGCAGUUUGGCCCUAGUUCAGUGGUGACACACAGGAGUGGGUGUUAUGUCAUUUCAUCUUACAAUUUUAAUAGACUCUCAACUACUUGGGAAUUAAAAUUGAAAAUCUCACAGUUAUCAAAUCAAGAUUAUUUCCUUGAUAUAACACCAAAUUAUUAGCACUAGGCAUCAGACAAAGAGACUUACUUAUAAGUUGGGAGAAUUUGCACUCAGGAUUAGAGAGUGAGAGGGUAUAUUGCUGUUUGGUUAAUUUUUCAGGCAAAUGCUAUUCCCUUAACAUCCAUGGUUUUAUCUGCGGUAUUUUGGCCUGCAUUUCGGGAAGAGAAACUCAAAGUUCCUGAGGAAGUGCAAAGGUAUUCUUAAAAAAAUUCUCUUUUCAAUUUGUAUUAGCUUUGAUAGUAAUAAGUUAUUUUGUUCCUUAAUCAUGUAAGCACACAACCUGUGCGCUGUAUAUUAUUGAAACUGUCUUAAAACUGCUAGUGAAGGCAAUGUUUUUAAUAUUUGUUGGUGUUUGAGUUGACACUGGACAAAGGAUCAUCUGGGUUACAUUCGUCAUUUCAAGAUCUGCAAUAUGUCCAGUAGUACAUUAGGAAGAUGGUCAAUAGAUUCAAAGAGGCUUCAAGUUCACUUGUUGCAAAUGUGACACAAGAGUUAUUAUGGAAAACAGAAAUGACCAAAAGUUUCCUUCAGCUCAGUGGCAGAACAUCCUACUUGUAAAAGUGAAAUGGAUGGUGAAACUUUGGGUAAUGUGGGUAAUCUUUCAUAUCAGAGCCAUGGAUGAGUAUACUCAUGGAUUUGAGGCCCUUAAAGGCAUGCGAACAUUAAGGUGGAAACCUCAUUUGGGUCUGGUUGAGGUUGAAGUUGAACUGGCUGAUCGCACUCUGUCUUUAUCUGUCACACCAACUCAGGCCACUGCCAUUAUGCAUUUUCAAGAAAAAGGUAUGUCUAAGGGACUUUACACAGCUAAGCAAGGCUUAGCUAAGCUAUUAACAGAAAAAAAAAGCUAUCCAAGUAACAAUUGUCAUCCUUACCAUGUUGCACUUAAAAAUGUUCUUUGGUAAAAAAUCAACACAAGUGAAGAACUGAUGGACAGGACUCUAUUAAUAAAAGUACUUGUCUUAGAGGCAGAUGUAAAUUGUCAUCUCACCUCAAAUUUUUUUACAAAGUUAUUUCAGCAAGCACCACUUUCCUUUGUUAAGUUACCCAUAUGUUUGACAUGUGUAAAGAAUACCUUACCCCUCAGGUUAUUAUUUCACCUAACUUUAGAGAUGCAGAACUAAUGAACCUAGGCUUUCAACAGGGAACAGGGGUUUAUUAAUUUCCGGAGUGUUUUUUAAUUUCCGGAGUGCGAAUUUUACGAUUAUUUGGCUUAAAAGUCCUUUAACUAAGACUAUUAAUCGCAAAUGGCAUUUCUUGCGAUUAAUAGUCUGAAAGCGUCUUCUACCACGAUUAAUAAUCGUGGUAAGUACGAAUAUUAAUCGCGUACAAACUCAUUAAUAGUCGUGUUUGACUGCCUUUUAAACUUAAUAGUCGUACAUCGCACGGUUAAUAAUCGCAUCUGACAGCAAAUGUCCUUAUUUAUCGCGAGGAAACGUACUCUUCUCCAAAGAAAGUUCAAGCUCAACUUUUUUCUGAACGGCCGCCAUUACGACCAAAAAUUCAGAAUUCAGUAUUUCUUUGCACAUGGCAUUUUAGGCAAUAUGUGUCACAUAUUUAAAGUUUCUUGGGUUCAAGUUCUCGGUGAACUUCAUUUCUGUUCAAAAAGUGUGUUUACCAACUACGUUUUCUUUGUUUUUCACUCUUCCACGAAGUACAGCGCGGGCUGACUGUGUUGUAAGAAACGCAAUUAGCAUUUCUUCUCAAUGAUAAUGUACACAAAUACGUUAAUUUUCGACAGGUUCGAUUAAAUUGAAGUUUAACCGAGAAAAAAAUACAAACAAACAGCCAAGUAAGUCAAAGUACGUCAAAUUCUUCCCAAUAACAGCUUCUUGUGAAGCUGGACGUAAGUUCACGAGCAAGCGACAGAUGAAAACGGCGGCGGUGAAGGGUGCCAAAGGUGGAAUAUGAUAAAAUUCUUUCAUGGUUGGAUAACUUUCAUCCCCUUGCUUAACCCUUUCAAAGAAAAAAAGAAGCAAUGUGUCACAGAUAUCCUUUCCCCGUUUUGCUUUGGAGGUACGUAAUCCAAACAAAAAAACGCGUUGCAGUUAGUUGAGCGAAACAGACAGAGAAAUAUUUGAGUCGCGGCUAAAUUUCUCUACGCUGCCGGACUCUUUCCAAAACUAGUGUGUUUCCGAAGUGGGUUUUUCGAGGGCAAUAGGAGUGCAAAAACCUUUUGCGAUUUUUUUUGUGAAAAAGUAUUUUAGAGUUUGCAAUGUCACGCCGACUCGGUAAGAUGUUUAUUUGGUGAUGGCGUUAUUUAUUUAACAGCAAGAUGUAAUCGUUUUUACCCGAAACCGAUAGCAGGCAAUAACAAAAACGGCUUCUCUUCAUUUCUUUCAAAAAAUAGCUGCUACACUCUUUCAUUCAAAAAAUUUCAAACCUGAUAAAAACAUCUGACGACAGUGCGUGACUGUCGACUCAUUUCAUCCAUGCUUUGUUUUGAUACAAAUUAUUUAGAUCUAAGCACAUAAUGGGUUUUCAUGAUUUCCGAAACUUCUUUCGUUCGAUUAGUAUAUUCCUGAGAGGUAAACUAAAGAAAUGUACAAGAACAAAUAUGGGUUCUCAUUGAAAGUGUUUCUGAUCCGCGGUCAAAAUUCAAUAUGCAGGAAUUCGAAGCCUAAGUCACGCACCACUCAGAUAAAAAAAAAAUCUGUUGGGAAUAUAAAUAAGAAGUUUUCUCUCUCUUUCUGCCUUAACAUUUUUCACAGAGAUUUUGAGAGUAUUCUUUUAUUUAUUUGCCAUGGCCUAAAAAAGAAAACUCUUCGACUUCCUCUUUCCUACCGCGAAAAUCCGAUUUUCGCGGGAAAAAAGCUUUUCAGCUGGUAAUUGUUUGCGAAGACAAGCUUUAUUUUUAUGGUCGAUUUCUUAUUAUCAUCUGUAACUUUGCACACCGCUUGAAGUGAUGUGAUUAUUAUUCUACAGUGCAUUUUAGAAACCAUCAUCCAUCGUGGCUCUUUCAUUUAAUAAUUUUUUGUAGCUCUCUCAGUUUCAGAGGAGUUUGAGUCCGGCUGCAAUUACUGGAAAACAGACUAAGUGGAAUUAUCCCUACUAGUAAGAUAAUAUAGUUUCGUACCUUUGUUUUACGGUGGUCUCUCAUUGAGCGGUUAUGAGCACUACAGGUAGAUUUCACCAGCAAUCUCGCGCAACGCUUCUUCUUCCGAUCAAACAAACCCACUUUCAGUUAAUAGCCUCAGUAAUAACCAGUAAUCUGCCAACUGAUGAAUCGCCAAUAUCCCAUUUCUAUGUUUAAAUUGUCCUUCGUGCACACUUUUACGUCCCUACAAUCCUACGUCCUCUGCAAUCGUUAGUGUGGAUGGGAGACCUUGCAGAUCGACAAAUCGCCAGAACAGAGAGCGUCCAUGGUGACCAAUAGCAAUGCUUGCUGUCAAAGCUUGACCAAUCACAGAAAAGUAAGCAAAACUUUUCAAAGACCAACAAAAAUAGUUCUAAAGACAUGUAGGGGAAAGUUGGAAUUAAAUUGUUUAACAGUUCAACCCUUUAAAGACAAAGCUGAUUAUAUUACAGUAACCCAAUUAAAAUAUUCGGCAUCGUCUAUGGUCAGAAUACUGAUCGACACUUACUUCCAUACACCAAUCCACUACAUGUCACGUGGAGUGACUUACGGGUAAUAAGCGUGAACGAAGAGUAUCGUCCAUCGCGCCUCAUACUUCAGACACGAUUAAGGUAGGAAGCAAAAUGCACUCUGUGAUUGGUCAAGGUUUGACAGCAAGUUUUUCAAUUGAUCACCAUAGAAGCUCUUUCUUUUGGCAAUGUGUUCGAUCUCUAAGGUGUCUUUACCACAUUCAUGAUUAUGGAGACAGUAGGGACGUAAAAUUGUGGUCGAAGAUAAUUGAAAUGGUGAUGGGGAUACAUGAGUUGACGGAUUACUGAUUUUUAUCAAGGCGAUCGACGGAAAACGGAAGGGGCGUUGCAGAUUUAAUACGCGAGAUAGCUGGUGAAAUCUACACGUGGUUGUUCAUAAGUACUGCUCCAGAGAUUAGUGAAAAACAAAGGUACGAAGUUAUACAAUAAUAUUAAAGAUAAAUCUGACCCUUACAGACAACUGUCAGCUGAAAAGCUUUUUAACUUUUUCCCGCGAAAACAUGAUUUUCGCGCGGUUAGGAAAGAGCCAACUUGAAGAGUCAAUUUGGUUAUUGCGAUGAACUGAAAGAAUACUCUCAAAAUCUCUGUGACUGUUUCUAGUAUGUGUAGUCUCAAACUCAUCAAUUAAAGAAGUUUCGAAAACAUGAUAACCCAUGCGACAGUAUGUGCUCUGAUCUAAAUAAUUCGUAUCUAAACAAUCGUAGCUAUGAAUUGAGUCGACGGUCACGCACUAUUGUCAGAUAUUUUUAUUAAUUUUUAACUUUAUUGAAUGAAAGAGUAUAGCUAUUUUUUUUUUAAAGAAAUGAAGGAAAGCCGUUCUUGUUGUUGCCUGCAAUCAGUUGCGGGUAAAAAACGACUAUAUUUUGCCGUUAAAUAAAUAUCACCAUCACAAAACAAACAUCUCACCGAAUCGGCGUGACAUUGCAAACUCUAAAUACGUUUUCACAAAAAAAAUCGCGAAUGGUUUUUCCAUUCCGUUAGAUUAUUCUCCCUAUUGCCCUUGAAGAAUCCAUUUUGGAAACGCACUAGUUUUGGAAAGAGUCUGGCGGCGUGGAGAAAUUUGGCCGCGACUCAAAUAUUUCUCUCUCCUUCGCCAACAUAAAUGCAAUACAUUUUUUUCUAGGAUUACGUAUCUUCAAAACAAAACGAGGAAAGGAUAUCAAUUAAACAUUGCCUUUUUCUUCCUUUCAAAGGAUUAAGCCUGGCAAUUUCCAAUUCUGCAUUUCCAAGACUACUAGUGCAAGGGAAUGCAAGUUAUCCAAGCAUGAAAAAAUUUUACCAUAUUCCAUCUUUGGCACUCUUCACCGCUGCCGUUUUCAUCUGUCGCUUGCUCGUAAACUUACGUCCAGCUUCACAAGAAGCUGUAAUUGGGAAGAAUUUGACGUACUUCGACUUACUUGGCUGUUUGUUUGUAUUUUUUCUCGGUUAAACUUCAAUUUAAUCGAACCUGUCGAAAAUUAACGUAUUUGUGUACAUUAUCAUCGAGAAGAAAUGCUUAUUACGUCUCUCACAACACCGUAAGCCCGCGCUGUACUUCGUGGAAGAGUGAAAAACAAAGAAAACUUUGUUGGUAAACGCAUUUUUUGAACAGAAAUGAAGUUCACUGAGAACUUGAACCCGAGAAAACCUCAAAUAUGUGACAUUUAUUGCCUAAAAAGCCAUGUGCGAAGAAAUACUGAAUUCUGAAUUUUUGGUCGUAAUGGCGGCCGUUCAAAAAAAGGUUGAGCUUGAACUUUCUUUGGAGAAGAGUACGUUUCCUCGCGAUAAAUAAGGACAUUUGCUGUCAGAUGCGAUUAUUAACCGUGCGAUGUACGACUAUUAAGUUUAAAAGGCAGUCAAACACGACUAUUAAUGAGUUUGUACGCGAUUAAUAGUCGUACUUACCACGAUUAUUAUUCGUGAUAGAAGACGCUUUCAGACUAUUAAUCGCAAGAAAUGCCAUUUGCGAUUAUUAGUCUUACUUUAAGGAUUUUUGAGCCAAAUAAUCGUAAAAUUCGCACUCCGGAAAUUAAAAAACACUCCGGAAAUUAAUAAACCCCUGUUAGGGGCUUUUUCAAAGCAUCUAACAAAAGGGUGCUAAAAAGUCGUGGUGAGAUCACAUUAUUGCUCUAACAAGGAAAAUAAAUAGAUGAAUGAAAAGUCCCCUCCCACAGUCAUCCAACCAUGAGAAAUAUUAACUUAUUAUGCUCAAACUGGAAUGCUGUUUUGAUAUGUUGGCUCUUGCAGAACGCUGGACUGUGGAAGAGCUUAGUGGUGUGAUGCAUGUUCCUCCUGGUCUCCUGAGGAGGCGUUUAGGAUUCUGGGUCAGUCAGGGUGUUCUCAAAGAGGAGUCUACAGACACGUUUAUUGUUAUGGAAAAACAAAAAGGACAACAACGAGCUACAGGUUAAGUUGAUCACUUGCACUAACGAUGAUACAAAUUAGCAAAAGUACUAGCCAAUCUUACAGUAACAUUCCAAUGAAAAGGUUACACCUCGAUGUGCAUUUUUCCAACAAAGAAAGGAAACAGGUUAAUGGACAACUAUGGCAGUGGUCAGAUGUUAACAGCUCAUUCUUGAAGCUUUUGUAUUUGCCUGAUAAGGCAUACUUGUUACAUGUACAGUUUAACAUUACUUGUAACAAACAACAUCACUGCUGACAUUUUGACUUUACGUGCUUUAUUCACUGGUCUUUUGAAAAGUGUGGUUCACCUUUGAAAAUGGCCAGAAGACUGAUGUUAUUUAGAGAUGUGAGAACUUCAAACUGUGUAGUAUGUGAUGUGUUUUUUGGACAAAAUUUUAAUUAAGAUGUUGUGUUAGCUUGAGGUUUUCAACAUGAUUCACAAUGUUCUCAAGUUUCCAGUGGUUCACUUUUGUGUUCUGUCAGGUUAAAAUUUUGUGCCACCUUCUGGAUAUGGCACAGCUAAAUUUUACUUUAUUCGUUUAUCAUAAUUAUCUGAAAGAAAUUGUGGAAUGGAAAAAUACAAGUUCUUAGUUGCAAAAACUUUUGAUUGUGUCUGCAGAAGUUGUCAUGGAUGCAGAGAUAGAAUCUGUUAUGGCUUCUUCACAUGAUCAAAGGGAGGAGGAAUUACAGGUAUUGAAUCAGUGCAAACAUUUGUCAGUUGUUGAAAAGAAAAUGAGAUGUAAAUGCUUCUUUAUGGUUAAAGUUUACCUAUAUAGAGGCACUGCCCUUUGGAAUAUGCUGUCUUCCAGAUACACUGACCUUGCUGACACAAGCCUUUGUAACCUUGUAAAAAAGCUCAAAACUUCUAAUCUUUUUAAGGCUGUUAAAUUUAACGUAUUAUCAGCCUCGACUGCUAGUUUUGAACAUGACGAUUUUGUAUAUAAUUGAAAUUAAGUUAGUUUUUCUGUCUUAUUGAUAUAUAUUGUAAAAGUUCAUUUUAUUUACAUUUUAACUACUGAUCGAAGUAAUAUAUUGUAAUUUUUGUAAAAAACAUUUUAUCUAUUUUUUAAUAUCAAAGUAAUUUAUUGUACACAACCCCACAAGCUUUCAGCUUUUAUACAUAUCAUGUAUAAAUAAAGUUACCCUACCCUACCCUACCCUACCUGCUUGUCAAUCGCCAAAAAUUACAUGAUUAAAACCAAGAUUGAUCGGAACUAAACCUGCUCCCUAUUUUUUAAGCAUGGUUUAUGAGUUGAACUUUGGUCACCACGGGAAAAAACCCAGCCCUGCUUCCAUAUAAGUUGUUUAUUUAAUGAUAAAAUUUGUGGAGCUUUUUCAAUUUUUUUCUACAAGGUAUUUUGGUCUUACAUUGUUGGUAUGCUGACCAAUCUGGAAAGUCUGCCGUUAGACAGAAUACAUUCCAUGUUGCGGAUGUUUGCUAUGCAAGGACCCUCAUCAAGCCAGUGCAGUGUGGAUGACCUGAGAAGGUUCCUAGAUCGCAAAGUUAAAGACCAAGAGUUGCAGUUUGUGAAUGGAUUUUACAGGUUACCCAAGUCAGGCAGAUAACAGCAAAUGUCAUCACAAACUAGCCAUAUGGGAAUUUCUAACCUUUGUUGUUCCAGUAAACACAAUAUAUGAAGCUGGGGCAAAUAAAUGGAAGCACAGAUCAGAUACUGUUACGUAUCUUUCCACUGAAGUACUAAGGUUCCAAUAUUUGCCUGGAAAAGCCUCUGCACAUUUCCCACUCUUUGGCUCAGGUUUAAAAAAUGUAUUGCUGCUGAUGGUAACUUCUUAACUAAAAGUUAAGAAUUGUGAAAGGGCACUCAAAAACAAGAAGUAAAC